AUGGCAACACUCGACAGUGGUAAUCCAACCAAUACUGCAAACCCCAUCAAAGAUGCAAGUGUUCAGAUUGAUAUUAAGACGGUGGGUGGAAGGUUGACCUUUUAUCAAACUACCCUUUGUGAAAAGCUCCCAUGGGAUAGCAUCAACUCGGAUUUUGAUCCAGAUCCCCAUGGUUAUUUUGAUACAUAUAAUAAGAAUGAUAUCCAGCUGAUAUGCUGCCAAGCAGAUGCAAGUGCAUUGUGGCUUGUCCCAAAUGUGGUUCAGAUGAGAUUUAUCCAGUCCCUUGACUGGGAUAUGGAAAUGGAUAUUAUUUUUACAUGGGUGCUUACCAGGGAUAGGCCGAAAGGCAAGGAAGUUGUGAAAUAUGAGAAAACUGUCAGUCCUCUAGGUCUUCCAAAACAAUCAGACGUUCAGAAAGUACUUAAUGGUUCUGCAAACAGCUUUAGGAUAUAUAAUCUGUAUGCAAAAUACUUUCGCGUUACUGGUUCUGGUGAAGUCAGAUCUUUUGAACAAGAGGUGGAUGCUGUUAGUGCAGACCUUGUCUUAAAUCGUGCAGAUUUCAACUGGUGGUCAUUCCAUAAUAUUAAUACAUCGGAUAUUCAUGGCUGUGGAGGUUUGACAGGACCUAUGGCAAUUGUAAUGUCUGAGGAAACACCACCUCAGGGUAUUCUUGGUGACACCAUCAGCAAGUUCAGCAUCUGGGGCCUCUACAUAACCUUUGUGCUUGCUGUGGGCCGUUUUAUUAGACUUCAAUGCUCAGACUUAAGAAUGAGAAUACCAUAUGAAAAUCUACCUUCCUGUGACAGGUUGAUAGCCAUUUGUGAGGACAUUUAUGCUGCAAGAGCAGAGGGUGAGCUUGGAGUUGAAGAGGUUCUUUACUGGACACUCGUGUAUCGAUCCAUUAUCGGUUCAACGGUGAUGGUUGAUGAGAUAUUCACGUUGAACUGCUACAUGGCUUCAAGACAUGCAGAAUCGGGCCGUUCAACCAAUCACUGGAAUUAUUUCCUUGCUGAAAUCUACCAUGAAGAAGCACAGUUUUUAUUGUGUCACUCAAACAACCCUCUUAACAUUCGUUCAUUAAUCAAUUAA